GUCGGAGUAAGCGUCCGUAAACAUAUCCAAGAAGUGGAAAAUGUAAACAACAAUAACGCAGUAAUGAAGUGUUUGUUUAUUUUCUCGUGGAAUUUUAUUCCGUAUUCAAACGUAAAAUAUUCAAGCGGACUGUUUUUACUACUCGUAGUUUUACCAGUUAUAACUGCAGCAUACAAGACGAAACAAAUCAACGUAGCGUUCUUCAUCGACGAGGACGAGCCUCUAGAUGAACUCGCCAUUAAAAGUUCUGCAAACUUUAUCAAUUAUUACGCCGCCACCCAAUACUUCCUCAACCCUUUGAUCUACAAAAUUAAGAGAAACGAAAUCUCCGAAGUGGGGAAUAUCGCUUGCGGAAUGCUAGAAAAGGGCGUCGCGGCAAUUUUCGGGCCCGAACAAGCCGAAGCUAAUGAGAUAAUUCAAUCAGUAUCCUUAAUCCUCGAAAUUCCGCAAUUUCAAACAUUCUGGAAUCCUAAUUUCGCCACAUUUUCCGACUUGGCGAAAUCUGACAAGCCAAUGAGGACGCACGAAGUGUUUAACUUCAACUUAUACCCGAGCCCGAAGACCCUCUCGAGAGCGUUCGAAACGCUGGUCCGCGAAAACGACUGGAAAAGUUAUACGAUCAUCUACGAGAGCGACGACGGACUCGUCAGGGUUCAAGAAGUUCUGAAGGCGCAAAAUCCCAAUAAUCCGCCGGUUAUGUACAGGAAGCUGGGGCCAGGGCCGGACCACAGGCCCAUUCUUAAAGAAAUCGUGGCGUCAGGGGCAUUACAGAUCGUCCUAGACUGUGACGUGGAACACACCGUGGACAUUCUGCUGCAAGCCAAAGAGGUGAAGCUAUUCGAAGAAUAUCAUACUUAUUUGCUCACGUCACUGGAUGCCUACACCAUAGAUUUCAGCAGUUUAGGGGAAAUAAAAACGAAUGUGUCCAUCGUACGGAUGCUGGAGCCGAAAAUGGUGGAUAAAGUGAUUAGUAACUGGGAACUGGUCGACAUGGAAAAGCGCCUAAAAAUUCCUUCCAAGCAGAUAAAAGUAAAGACGGCUCUCUUGUACGACGCUCUCAAUUUAUUCAUCACAUCCUACUCCGAACUGGAGCAAACCGAAGAACUGCUCGUGAAGCCGCUCAGCUGCGAUACGACUGAAAUUUCCACACACGGUUAUCGAUUAGCAGCUUUCAUUGCGCUGAGCAACAUGUCGCGAGGGAUGCUGGCGGGACCCAUGUCCGGACCUCUGGUGUUUAAUUCGCUGGGACAGCGAAUUUCGUUUAAAUUAGAAGUUAUGGAAUUAAAAAACCAGCGCUUGAGGGUUACGGGCACGUGGGAUUCUAAUAAUCCGGAUGUUAUCCAUUCGACGAUUACGUCCGAAGAUAGGGAGAAGGAGAUGUACCGGCAACUGAAGGGGAGGACGUUUAGGGUGGUGUCGAGAAUUUAUCCGCCUUAUUUGUCGAGGAAAGCUGGCGUUGAUGGGAGCGUGAUGAGUGGGAAUAAUGCGUUUGAAGGGUACGCGAUGGACCUGAUGGACGGAAUUUGCAAACUGUACGAAUGUAAUUACGCUUUUGAGUUGGUUCCGGACAACAAUUACGGAAAGUACGACCCCAAGACGAAAGAAUGGAACGGGUUAAUCAGACACUUGUUGGAUAGAAAAGCCGACUUAGCCAUAUGCGACUUAACAACCACCUACGAGCGAAGAAAAGCCGUGGACUUCACCAACCCUUUCAUGACCCUCGGCAUCAGCAUUCUCUACGCCAAAAUCGUUAAAGAACCCCCCGAACUCCUGGCUUUCACCAAUCCUUUAUCUCUCGACGUUUGGCUUUAUAUGGUUACAGCAUAUAUGGUUAUUUCCAUGAUUAUUUUUCUCGUCGCAAGGUUGAAUCCUAACGAAUGGGAGAAUCCUCACCCCUGCAAUCCCUGUCCCGAACAACUGGAGAACGUCUGGAACAUAAGGAAUUGCUACUGGCUGACCUUGGGAUCGAUCAUGCAGCAGGGGUGCGACAUAUUGCCGAAGGGCAUCUCCACCCGGAUGGUCACCGGCAUGUGGUGGUUUUUCACCCUCAUUAUGAUCUCCUGCUACACCGCCAACCUGGCGGCCUUCCUCACCCAGGAGCGCAUGGGUCCGACCAUCAAGAGCGCCGAGGACCUGGCGGCCCAGACCAAGAUCAAAUACGGCUGCGUCAAAGACGGCGCCACGGCGGCGUUCUUCAGGGACACCAACGUCACGACGUACCACAAGAUGUGGGUGAGCAUGGAGACGGCGGAGCCCAGCGUCUUCGAGACCACCAACGACGACGGCGUCAAGAGGGUGAUCUCCAGCAAGGGCUCGUACGCCUUCCUGAUGGAGAGCUCGUCCAUCGAGUACGAAAUCGAGAAGCACUGCGAGCUGGUGCAAGUCGGGAAUCGGCUGGAUACGAAGGGAUACGGGAUCGCGAUGCCGACAAAUGCUCCCUACAGGACUUCCAUAAAUCAGGCGAUAUUAAAGAUGCAAGAAAUGGGAACGCUGCAGCGGCUCAAGAAGAAGUGGUGGAAGGAGAGGAAUAAAGCUAACACUUGCGAGAGGGAGAAAAAGGACAAAGACUCAGCCAACGAGCUAAGUUUGGCCCACGUCGGAGGGGUUUUCGUGGUUCUCACCGGAGGCAUGUGCAUUGCCAUGAUCAUCUCGGUUUGCGAAUUCCUUUGGCACGUGAGAAAAAUCGCAGUCAGUCAACAUCUGAGACUCAAGGAAGUAUUUUUGAAAGAGUUGAGGUUCGCUAUGGACAUAUGGUGCAGACAAAAACCCGCUAAUCCUGCAGCUGUCUACAACCUGAAUGCGGUUACUGCUAACGGUGGUGGCGAAGACGGUGCUAAAUAAUUGUUCCAGUGUACAGUUUUUUUUUAAUUUUGUAUGUGUUUUUCGACAUGGACCCUGUGGCUGAA